AUGAGUAGUGAACUUGAAACAGCGGAUGUUGCGGAAGAUCUAAUGCAAUAUCUGGCCAGUCGAAUUGAAGAAAUCGAACGUGUACUUCAAGAAGACGAAGAUUUUUGUAAUAAAGACAUCAAUGAUACGUACCAAGCAGCAAUAAAAUAUGUAAAAACCGUUGGAAUGAAGUUUCAGGAGAAGUUGAAUGAAUUAAAACAGAAACUUGAUCGAAUUACUGAAGAAAAUCUUAAGAUGUCGAAAAAGAAUAAGAAGAAAUUAGAUGAAGAAAGUGAUCUUAUCGACCAGCUGUUUCUGUCGGGCAAAUACGAAGAAGCCAAAGAAAAGUUACACGAAUACGAGCGAUGUUUACAACAGCGAGCGACUAUUUAUCAAACUAUACCAGUAUUGUACAUGAAUGAUAUAGAUAUCAAUCAAUAUCUUUCCUUCGACAAAUCAGUCCUUAGUUCGGUGCCAUCAGCGCAACAAUCAACAGAGGAUGCAAAAAGAUCGAAACAAGAAGAUGGACAUUCUGACGGUCAACAAAUGCCAGCAGGAACCAAACUGAUAAAUCGCAACGACAAAUCUCCAGCAACAACAGUUUCAACUCGACCAUUGCGUCUCAGUACACGAUUGCCACCAUCGCCCAGUAGUAAGAAUUUGUCGACAAGUGAUAGUGAGACAAUCACACCACGAUCCGUACAGAACAAUUCGAUGAAUUUGCAAGAAAACAUGCUAUCGUGUAUACCAUCUCGAUCACUAUCAUCGACUUCGACGUUGAAUCAACAGUCUAAAUCAAUCGCAGCACCUACUAGAAAUGAUGGGUUGAAUCCACGCUUUGUUGCUUCCUACAAACACGAUCGAAACAUUAUUCUCAUGAUGGUUUGCAAUAAAGAUUACAUCAUCCUAUUCAAAAGACAAUCCGAGAGGUUACCUCGGUGGCAUCUAAAUGUGAUUGUACGUCGUAAUCGAAUUUCCCAAGAUCUCGAUUGGGAUGUUCAUUCAAUUACAUCUAUUGGUUUGCUCGAUGAAAAACAUCUUUAUAUGUUUGCCGGACAUCAAUUGCUUAUCUAUUCACUUGAUUCAUUUUUGAUAACCAAUUCCUAUUUAUUAUCCCACACGACUGAUAAUUGUGUCCAGAAUGAUGCUGUCACACAUGGCAUUGGCACGGUGUUCAAUGGUUAUAUAUAUUAUAUUUCUUAUAAUGAGAAAUCCCGAUGGAUAUUAUCAAUAUUGGAACUUGAAACAAUGUCUAAUUUAUUUGAUUAUGAUCUAACCGAAGCUUUUCCCGAUGUUAAAUGCUUUAUACACAUUUGUGUUAAUGAUACAACAGUUGGUUUUCUUGUCAAGUUAGAUAGUUGUCAAUAUGCUGUCAUAUUCUGCUCGAGUCACAGUCAGUUAACAAUGCAAUGCCGACGACUUAUAUAUUUAUCCUAUGCAGAAAAUCCUCUCUCGAUCUGUUCUGUGUAUAUACGAUGCUUGCACAAGCACAUCUUUUUCGUCAAUGAUGCAUCGGCAAAAAUCAUUCAUUUGGUAACAACCGAGAAGUAUAUUCAAUCAUAUACUAUUACAGUUCAUAGUUUACACCACGCGAAAGAGAGUGAUGAAAUAUUCUUGGCAUUGGAUGAUGGCAUUUAUACAAUUCGAUUGAAAGAUCAUGAGAACUUCUUCUCGAAAUUUCAUUGA